UUCAUCUUCUUCUUUCAUUUCUUCAUCUUUUAUCUUCAUCAUUUCUAUUUUGAUUCGGUUACAAUCAAAGUUACAUUCUGUCCAGUGAUUUACACCAGUCCAGUGUAUUUAAAUUAUUAAAGUGUAUUAAAGCAAAUUUUUUUUGUACAACAACUAAAAAUGAAUUUUCACAUUUCAAAGGUUUUUUGGAUCGUCGCUUCAGUGAUUGCCACUGUAGUAUCAAUAGAAUCACCCAAACCUGAAUUAGUAGCAACAAGUCCAACCGCAGCAGUAUCCACCGUAUCAGCACUUCCCACCGGUCCCAUACCGGCAGGACCAGAGGCAAGACAAGCUCCAUCAGCGGCUGUCGGUUCAACCGGAGGAUCACCAGUUUAUCCUUACAAUCUUAACUCACUUUACGCUUCAGGUUAUGAACCUUCAUCACCACCCUCUGGUCCUUCUGGAUCGUCCAUCAUGUCUUUUUUACGAAGCCCACAAGGAGGCCGUAGAAAUUCAUUGACAAGUAGACUACGAAAUUUGAUGAACUCAAUCUUCUUCAGAAGAGAGACUGGUUCACCUUACAUGGCCAGUGGAUCAAGUUAUUCAUACGCAUUCAGGCAGCCACCACCAUUUGGUUUCUCAUCUCUUGGUGCUUCCUCCGGACUUCCUUCAGGUUAUGGGUCAUCUCCAAACUUUUUAACUGCUGCCGCAUCAGGUUAUCGACCUGUUGUCUUCCCUAAUUAUCCUGGCUCCGGAUCAGGUUCAGGUUCAGGACCUGGCCACUCAUCUUGGUCCAAUUACAAACAAUGGUCUGGACCUGGUUCCUCUGGUUCACCUUCAGGCUCUUCUGGUUUAACCUCAUCCUUGGGUUCACCCGGAGGAACCAAUUAUGCCUGGUCAUCUGGCUCUAGUUCAGGUUCAUCUGGUUCACCUUAUUCAUCAGGUUUAGUCUCUUCUUACAAUUCACCUUCCAGUGGUGCCAGUCCAUCUUCAUCAUAUGGUUCAUCUUCCGGUUCCAUUCCAUACCAAGCCGCUGCUUCCAACACUUAUCCAUCAGCAGCUCCAGCCUCAACGUACGGAUCAUCUUCAUCUUAUCCAGCCUCUGGAUCACCUUACCAACGAUCAUCCAGUUCAAACUUUAAACCUGUCCCAUCCUCAGGAUCCAUUGUUCCCUCUUCAUCUUCCGUUUCAUCUUCCUCAUCAGCCAAUCAACCUUCAAAUACUUACAAAAACUAGACUUUAGGAAAGCGAUAAUACAAACACAACAACAACAACAACAACGUUUAACAACAAAAUCAUCAAAUUGAUUUAGAAAUGCAUUUAUAUAAAUAUAUAUAUAUAUAAACAAAAAUGAAACAAACGAUUGAAAAGCCAGUUCAUGGACUUGAUCUCCCGGGAUAUUUAUGAACAUGACUAAGAACCACCAACAACAGUUUAGCUUGAAUUUUGCUGAGAAUUUGUUUCCAAUGAAUAAUUUGUCUACAAAUUUUUGCUUUGAUUUCAAUACGAAACUCAGCUGAUAUUAAUUCACCUCCGGGAUCUUAAUUUGCCAUCACAUUUUAUGUCAUUGAUUUUUGUACCAACCAAUCAACCCACCCACCAUAGCCCAACUUUCAUUUCAAUGUUUCAAUUUUUACAAUUUUAUUUAAGACUCAAACAAAACAUCUUUUUAUGACAAAAAACAAAUCAAAAGCUUGAACGGGAUUAAAAUUUAAAUAUUUUUGAGGUCAA